AUGCCCCUUCUUGAGUAUCCCUCAGGACUAAAGAUGAAGCUCGUGAUAUGUGAGACCAUGAUUGCUCACUUGGCCUCGAGUUGGAUUGAUCAUUAUUUAACUUGGGAUCCGGUGGAAUAUGGGAAUAUUCGAGAAGUACGCCUACCGAUAUCAAAUAUUUGGAAACCGGACGUAUUAUUGUACAAUAGCGUCGAUCAACAAUUUGACAGCACAUGGCCUGUCAAUGCAGUCGUUUACCAUACCGGAAAUGUUACCUGGAUACCGCCAGCCGUAAUUAGGUCAAGUUGCAGUAUUGACAUCGCUUAUUUUCCCUUCGAUUCUCAGCACUGUACUAUGAAGUUUGGAUCUUGGACAUACUCAGGAUUCUUCACUGAUUUGCGCAAUGCUUCAGUUUCUGUAGGCACAUAUCAACCAAAUGGAGAAUGGGAGCUGUUAGAUCUUACUUCAAAACGUUCUAUAUUUUACUACGAAUGCUGCCCGGAGCCUUAUUAUGACAUCAAAUUCACUAUAUCAAUAAGAAGACGAACGUUAUAUUAUGGGUGAGU